AUGGCAAAAACAAAGCAAAAAAAGGGAAAUUCAAUAGACAAAAGUAUUUGUAAGCUGGUUGUACAAGAUUUAAAAAGGGAAAUUAGAAAAGAAAAAUGCAAACAGCCCGCAUCUUUUCAUGCGUCGACCCGGGUAUAUAAGAAACGUGAUCCGCCAGAUCCCUCAGUCAACAAAAAGUCAAGAAAAGUCUUCACAGGAAUAGAAGUCCCUAAUUGGACUACUGACUCCCCUCUAUUUAAUGUGGGAACGGAUGAUUACCCUGUGUUAUUUGAAAAAUCUUCUACAGUCCUGGAAAGUAUUCUAAGAGAUGUUCAAGAAGAACAUCAUUUCACAAACAGAGACAUGGAGAACGAAGAAUUGCUACGCAAGGAAAAGAUUACUGUGAACAAGCAACAUGCCAAGCGUAUGGCUCAGAUAUCAAAGGAUUGGGAAGACAAUCUCAAUAUUGCCAUGAAGGCAUGGAUUGAAAAUGUACCUGUUCCCUGCUUUGUCCCGUUGGAAUGCAAUAGUUGUCAUUUAAAGAACUCGCUAAACUUAGAACCUUCAAAAGAAGUUUCAAUGAUUGUUUGUACUAGCGAAGGCCGAUUUGAUCUCAAUGGCGCAUCAUUUCGAUGCCUUAAUACGAGUUGCGAAUAUCAUAAGGAACCGGUUCUGGCUUCCAUGCCAGACUAUGUAAUAUCGGGACUGUGGCCAGGUUCUCCCACUAGAAGUUGCACUCUGUUUACCAAAUCUGUUCUGGUCAAAUGGUUCCAUUUAAAACAUAAGACCCCUUCGACCGCUGCCAUGAAAUAUUUAGAAGUGCUCGAGAAAAUGGCGACUGAAUCAGGAAGAGUACUGCUACCCAGCUGGCACAUCAUUGGUACCAUUAACCCUGUAAUGUUCAAAAUGGCGAGUACCUACUUCUCUUAUGCUCGCCACAGAAUUGAAGUUGAUAUAAAAAAACGGGAAAAGAUGAAAUGUAAAUGCUGCGUGGGACCUUGCCUGUACUCCCAUUUUGACGUAGUAAUGAAGCUAUAUCGAUACGAGUCUGCCGGAAGCGGCUACAUGGAAUCUCUGGACGGCAAUGAAGGAAUCGAGUUUGAUGAAGACAUUAAACGGCACAUUGAAGACGAAACCGGACUUGGUUCUGCUUGCUGUAGACACUUGAACAUCCUUGUAACUGGAAACUUAAAAACGGGUGAAAGUUACCGUUUCGUACAUCACUUUCAUAAAAUUUUAUGGGCACUAGGAUACCUAUAUUUUUGUUACGACGUGAUCUGUAACUAUUCAACAUUUGCGAAAGAUGUUUCGAAACUUUCAGUGGGCCAUCCGGAUCAUGAAAAUUUUGAUCGCAUGAGUAAUGAAAUGACAGGUUUCCUUUCCGUUCUUCAUGGUAGGACCCAUGUUUGGGACUGCCAGGUUCUUCAUAAUGGUAGGUGGAAACAUGGAGCAGCGGCAUCAUUAGGAGAAGAGCAGGAACAAGUGUUCGCUAAAUUAUCCAGAUAUGGGUCCGUUACUAAACACAUGAGUCCAGCUUAUUCAACUACACCCCUUGAUACUAUGGUGAAAAGUAAUGCUGUUAAUCAGACAAUUUCAUCACGCGAAUUCUCCGACGAAGGCGUCAACAUAAAGAAAAAUGAAAAAAAAUUGCCGGGGUCCUUCAAAUCGGAUCUAGAAGGUUACCGCAUGACUGCAGCUUGGGCUCGAAAGCAAAUGAGCCAGUACGGAGUGAAUUUGACUACACGCUACAAUCUUAUUGAUACCUGGAUGCUGAGUGAACGCUGGCAAGAGGAAAUCAUUCAAACAAAAAGAGAAAUGACAAUAAUCUAUCCAGAAGCGAUCCAGGAAGCUCGUGCGUGUGUCGUACUCAUAACCGAAGAACUCGAGAAAGUAAGAAUGAUUUUGGCCUCUGCCACUACUCGUUUUCAAGCGCAUUUUAAAGCAGAUGAAGAUGAAGACAGCAGUGAGGAAGACGAAAAUAAGGAAGAUGAAGCAUGUGAUGAAAUUUUUCCGAUUGACGAGGAUUUUGAAAUUGAUUACCAUGAAAAGUGUGAUGAAUAA